AUGUUGCCUAUUCUGCCCCAAAAGGAUCCCCUUCUUUAUCUCAGUUUGGUUAGAAUCCCGUACCCAUUUGGCACAACUGAAGGAUGCCGCCUAGUAGAUGAAUUUCUAGUUGCUUGUAACAACACCCACCAUAACCCUCCUAAGCUGUAUUUAAAUGCAACUGAGAGUAACAUACAGACCACAGACAUAUUUCUUUCUGGUGAAUUGCGCAUUUUUGCAUGGAUAGGCUAUGCUUUUGUUGCUGAGGAAACUGCUUACAACUUCUCUUCUUUAGAUCUGAAGGACAUACAAGGAAGAAAAAAUGUUCCGGUAGUGCUUGAUUGGGCCAUUGGGAACCAAAUAUGUGAUGAAGUGAGAAGGAAUCUAACAAGUUUUGCUUGUAAGGAUAACAGCGACUAUGAAGACUUCGACAAUGGUCCCAGGUAUCGCCACAAAUGCUCUAAGGGAUAUGAAGAGAACCCUUAUAUUCCUAAUGGUUGUCAAGAUAUUGAUGAGUGCGCAAUUUCAAGCCCCUGUAACAUGACAUGCCUUAAUUUACCAGGCACGUACACUUGUUCUUGUGCAGUGGGCUACAAAGGUGAUAGCAGACAAAAUGGAUCACGUUGCAGUCGAAUUGCUGCUCCCAACAAGCUUCCCUUGAUUAUUUAUAUUUCCCUAGGCAUUAGAAUCGGCAUAUCACUGCUACUUAUUGGUGGCUCCUCGCUAUAUUGGGGAUCCAAGCAGAGGAAGAUCGCUAACCUAAGAGAAAAAUUAUUUCAGCAAAACAGUGGUAUCAUGUUUCAAGAACUUUCCAAACAUGAAAGAUUGGUCCAAGAUGUUAAGACCACCAACAUACUCUUAGACGACAAUUACGCUGCUAAAGUAUCAUAUUUUGGCUCUUCAAGGUUGACCGCUAUUGAUGAAACUCAGUUAAGCACAUUCGUUCAAGGAACACGUGGCUACUUGGACCCAAAGUACUUACAAACUGGCCAAUUGACUGAAAAAAGUGAUGUUUAUAGCUUUGGGGUUGUCCUUGUCAAAUUACUAAUCGGCAAGAAGAUGAUGAAUGAAGCAAGGGUUGACAUGUUAAAGCAAGUUACUAUUUUAGCAAAGAGAUGCUUAGAAAUGAAAGGCGACGAAAGGCCAAGCAUGAAGGAAGUAGCAAUGGAGCUAGAGGGAUUGAGAAUGACAAAGAAACAUCCAUGGGUAAAAGACACCAAAGAUUCCGGAGAGACCCAACACUUGCUUGGAGAUCAACUCUUAGAUGCUUAUGGCGGUAAAACUAGUAUGAGCAAUUCAACAGUUUAUGAUAGCAUGACAAACCAUGACAUUUCACCAUUCAAUGGUGGGCAAUGA